GGUGCAUUAUGGGUAUGGAAUUCCCAGGGCUGUCCCUCCGCAAGUGCGCAUGCUCGGGAGGAAACUCCAUGAUUUUUUUUGGCACGGAAUCUAAAGGAAAAAAUAGGAACUUGGAAACGGGGAUUAGCUAAAAGGUGCAUCGGAGGGUCCAAAUCCAAACAGAACAUAGACCUGCGCGGCCGAAUCGAGUCCAGGGCGACGGGCAGGGGGUUUAACGAAACGAUCGGACCUCCUGUGGUCGACUGGGACCUUCUCGAAUUUAAAGUCAUUUGCGACAAUGCAACGGUCGCAAUAAAACCCUGCGUUAUUGCUCUUUGUUUUUUAACGGGACGGGCAGACGGGCUAGCUAAAGAGGGAAAGGGACGUGGAAAAAACGCCUAACAACAACGACAACAGCAGCAACAACAAAAGUCUGUCAACUAGCUUGCGAGCGAGCCAAGUCUUCCUCCGUUUGCAGUAACUAGAGAGAAGAAGCAGGAAACUUCGUAAACAGAGUGUAGCAGAUCCUUGGUGAAGGUUUGCGGUGGGGAGACGCUCUGUGCCUGGCCUUGCCACCGUAACCGUCCCAUCGCAGAAUCAGGCAGGGGUGUCCCCCGGGCCCCACGCAGAGCAGGACGGUCCGACAGCGGGAGAACGGAGACCGCCCCUCCCUCCCGCCCCCCCAGCCCAGUCCCGCCGCGCCCUUCCGUGUGGAAAGCAUGUGUUCUGGUGGGCGGGUUCCGUGGAUGACGCUGGCCAGGGCUUUGUGAAGAUGAAAAGGUUCUGGAAGCCUGAGCCCAGAGAAUGACGGGAGGCAGCGAGAGGGGUGCCGGAGACGGAGAUGGCACCGACGCGUCGGCGCAGGUUCCCAUUGGCUGGCGGCGGACCGUGGACAACGGGGCGGUGGCCUACAUCAGUCCCAGUGGUACCAUCUUGUCUUCAGUGGAGGAGGUGGGAUCGUAUCUGUUGACAGACGGCACGUGUAAGUGUGGGCUGGAGUGUCCACUAGUAGUGCACAAGGUGUUUAAUUUUGACCCGGGGGCAGUGCUGGUCCAGAGGAGCCAGCCGCCGGGGAAGGCCGAGGAGGACAUGACCAAGCUCUGCAACCACCGGCGGAAAGUGGUCGCCAUGGCAGCGCUCUGCCGGAGCAUGCAGGCCUCCUCCCAGCUGCCCCUCGCCGCCCACGGCACAGGGGGCCCGUUCUGCUCUGUGGAGAGCAGGGACCUCAGGGUGGGGCCCCUGGGUGCCUGGGAGGAAGGAGGCUGGUACCCCCCCCGCCCCCGGCCCUCCUCGCAGCCAAAACUGAGCCCCAGCCCCACCCCGCCCCACCCCCAUCUUUCUUUCCCCUUCAACGGCUCUCUGCCCCUGUCUCGCCCCAACCCCAACUCUAGCUCCCGCUUGUCUCCCAGGAAACCGCCCCCCUUCCCCUGCCGCUCCCCCUUCUCCUGCUACGGGCCGCCCCAGAGGUACCCCCGCCCGCCCACCCCCCAAAACCUGCUGCAGAACCCCCGGCCGCCCCGCACCCCGGAGCCCCCUGCCCCCCCGCGGCUGGGGCUCCACCCCCUCGCCUGCUCGCUGGACGCCUCCCUCUCCUCCCCGCCCUCCUCCUCCUCCUCCCCCGGAGCGCUGGGCUUGGGCCGGGCGGGGCUCAGCCACCCGCAGGUCGGCUCCCCGCCCCCUUUCUCCAGUAGCCCCUCCCCCUCCGGGAGCCAGGACUGCCCCUCCCCACGCCAGCGCUCCCGCCACUCUUCGGCCUCCUCCUCCUCGCUCUCCGAGCAGGGGGUGGGCGUGGCCUUAGCUGCUUACCCCCUCGGGGGCCCCUCCCACUCCCCGAAGCCCCUCCCUCCCGCCAGCCCCAGAGGUCGGCUGGAAGGCAUGCUGCAGCAGUACAAGGACUCGGGGAGCACCCCCCCGCACCCCCAGCCCGCCGCGGUGCAGAGCAACCAAAGCAACUUCCAGCUGCCCCAGAGCCCCCUGGCACCGCCGCCGCCGCCGCCAGCCUUCCCCCCCGACAGGAAGAGUGCCCCGGCUAACGCUAACGCUAGCGCCGGCUUUCUGGGGCAGCUCCUGAGCCAGCAGAAGCAGCAGCACGCCUCCUCCUUCCCCGCCAGCAGCCUCCUGUCUGCGGCCGCCAAGGCGCAGCUGGCCAGCCAGAAGAGCCAGAACCAGAACCAGAACCCGAGCCCGAGUGGUGGCGCUAAUGCUAACGCGCCGGGCGGCGCUAACGAGGCUCAGCAGUCCAAGGUAUUGAUCAGCACUUUGCACAGUAGCGCUAGGACCCCUCCCACGACUCACGCCCUCCUGAUCCCCCACUCCUCCCCCUCGCCCUCCUCCUCGCCCUCCUCCUCCUCCUCCUCCCCGCGUGCACAGCGCCCCCUGCUGGACAAGGCCGCCCAGCGCAAGCGUCAGCGCCGGUCCCCCACAGUGCUGAGCAUGCUGAAGGAGUCGCAGCUCCACAGCCUGAGAGCGGCCGCCCCGGAGCCUUCCUCCUCCUCCUCUACCUCGCUUCUGCUGCACCCCCACCCGGAGAACCAUCUCCAGCCGAGCCCCGCCCCCGGCCCGCCCCCCAAGCAGCCGGCCGACGCCCAGGACAGCAGGAGGGCCCCUGCCCCGCCCCUCUCCGCCCUCCUUCACCUGCUGAGCAUUCAGAGCACCCAGGCCUCCGCCUCUGCUCAGGCCGGCCCCGCCUCCUGCUCCGCCCCCAGCCCCGCCUCUUCCUCGCCGGGCCCCUCCGUGACCCUGCCGCAUCAGCCUCCACUUGACGCCCACAAAAGCCUCGCCCACCUCGGCGGGUGA